AAGGGGCCGGGAAGGGGCGGUUGGAGGCAGGCGCGCGCGCGGCAGCGGUCCGGAGCGCCGGCCGGGGCGAAACGGCCCCUAGCGCACUGCCGGGCCCGGGCCAUGACCCGCGCUGCUCUCUCUUGCAGGCUGGUUGCCGCGGCCACCCGAGCCCGGCUGCUGCCGCGGCCACUAGCGCCCGGGCGGGCCCCGAGCGCCCCGGGCAAGGCUCCGCAGUGAGCCCACCAGGAAGCGGCCCGCACCGGCGCCGCCAUGGGGCUGAAGCUGUCCUGUCUGAAAGGCUUUAAAAUGUGUGUCAGCAGCAGCAGCAGCCACGACGAGGCCCCCGUCCUGAACAACAAGCACCUGGACGUGCCCAACAUCAUCAUCACCCCCCCGACCCCCACGGGCGUGAUGCUGCCGAGGGACUCCAGGAGGACAGUCUGGCUGGAAGACACGGGGUCGUGUCCAGAGGAUGGAGAAAUAGACCCUGAAGCCUGAGAAGGAGGCACAGGUCAGGGAUUUGUUGGCUCCGGCUCCUGCUCUGGCCACCCCUCAUCUCACGCGUCCCCAAGGGGGUGUAGCCGUCUGGGACAGAUGUGCCGAGUGUGCUGGAUGGGAGAGUGAUUUCGGUACUUAACCAGGAGAAGCGUGGCGAGAUGAGCAGAGAACCAGCCCUGCAUGCUUCCAGAACGACGUUCCCCUGGCCCUAUUCAGUGGACGGACCUCUAAUGCCUACACGUUCUUGCUGACCCCAGGGCCGUGGCAACGGCCAUCAGGGUGCCAGGGGCGGCUUUCUUCUGGACAAACACGUGCCCAGCACCCUGGGCCAUGCAGUCGAUGCCCAGGAGAUCAGCACACACAAGAACUUCUUGCAAAGGAGUGGCUCCAUUUUUUACACAUCAUUUUACAGGUUUCGAAACAGUGCAAAAGUGAUUUAUAAUUUUUUUGCAUUGUAAAUAAAGAUCCUCUGGAAUGAA